AUGCCAUCGUUGCCUUCGUACCAGGAGGCCACAACUCGUGCUGACUGGCUACAAGUUGCUUCCCCAUAUAUUCACACUUCUGACUACCAUGCCCUCUGCCUGGUCAAUCGCCACUUUUGGAAUCUAUUCGCGCCUCUCUUGUGGAUAGACAUCUUAGCCACUGUUCGCCGACGUGGACUAAAGCCGGAUGAUGAUCUCUCAUGGUGGUUCGACUUCACGUUCGUCAAGCUCGGAGAUGUCCGCUUAUCCACCCGCGGCCUGGUCCGCGUCCUCGACCUACGUGAUUUCGCCACAGAAAGUUACCAGUUUGCUACGGACGAAAACGCCCGCUUUCUCCGUAGUCUGCAUAUGGCCUUGAAGCUCCUACCUCGAGUGAAUGCUCUUUUGCUUGACCACCAUAUAGAGAUUGACCCAAACUCUCUUGUCAGCCUUACAAAGACACAUUCUUCUCCCUUGCUACUCAGCAUCUCGCAUUGCUCCACACAGCUCCCUGGUACCUUUUUCACCUCGCCCUCCUUGCAGAAGCUUGUGUAUCUCGAUGUAUCCAAUCUGCCCGGUUCGGUAGCACCACUUCUUCAGCCCUUGCUUCUGCCGGAUCUGCGCAUAUUGAAGCUCGCUGGCCGCGAACUGGACGAUGCCACCUUUAUUGGGCUAGCUGAACUCUACAAGCUGCGGCUUUGGAGCCUAGAUCUAAGCCAUAACAGGCUCACGGACUGUAUUCUGCAGACCUUGGCAGAGCGCUGCUUCCCCCCCUCGUCCCUGCGGUCGCCUGACCAUUUCCAAGUAGAGGGCAAGCUGUCAGCUUCAAAUCACGGUACCAUUACUUAUGGCGCAUUUGAGUUUAUUGAGGAGUCUCAGUUCAGUGGUAGCUUUAGCAGUCCAGAGCGAUAUCACUUAGACGCCCCAACAUACGAUGCGCAGCCGUACUUUUUACAUGGCCAAAGACAAGUCUUUCGCUCCGAUGGACGAGGCACCUUGCGUUCGGAUUCCGCAGACGGAGCAACACACAUCCUAUCGCAUCAAACCACACACUAUGAUGUCGAAGACCCAUACCGUAAUUCUCGAGGCAUCACCCACCUGGAUGUUUCAUACAACCAAAUCUCGGGGAGCGGCGUUGAGAAAUUGCUCCGGAUAUCCAACGGCCAGAUAGAGCACUUUGCAUGCGAUUCUAUGCCUUUAGUGCAACCUCGAAGCCCUGCUCAGCAGCUCUGGCCGAGUGAUACAUCGCUGCAUGGCAUUGUAGGACUAGCACAUGUCUUUCGACCUGUGUAUUCCUCCAAUCUACGGUCCCUACGAAUACACCAUUCGCUUGUCACUAAUGUUCCUACUCUAACUGUCGAUGGGCUAUCUUCCUUGGCCAGGUUGCAUGUUGCCGAAACAUCGAUACGGUUUCGAAUUGACAAGGCUUAUCCUCAGCGGUAUGUGCCGGACAUGAACCCGCGUCUCUCCUCACUCACAUUGACGUGUGUGCCUCGACGAUCGUCUGGACCUCUGAUUGAGCGCCUGCUGGGUUUCCUUAAACUACUGUCCCUGCAGGAGAGACAUAUUUCAGAUGCAAGCCACUCUAGCCAGGCAGCAUCGUGGCACUGGCCCGGUAUGCUGAAAGGUCUAAGACAUCUCCGUCUGGAGUUUGGUCCCGACUGUCCUGGCAAAGACACUACUGCGGCUGAGGAUGUGGAUGCUGGACACCUGAUGAGCAGCGGGGAGAGGGGCUUCAGCUUCUUUGAGGGUGAGAGCCAUCACUCUGCGCGUUCAUCGGACACGAAGUCUCGCGUUGCUCGCCGGCUACGCUCUGACAGUGCAAGCGCUACAGAUGUCAGUGCAGGGCAAGAUAACGAGCUGGAAAAAGCCAAACGAGACAAGGCAGAGUUUAUUCAUUAUCAGGAUGAGUGGAAUGGAUGUGGCUUUGAGCUGCAGGUGUGGGCUGGCCCGGCGCAUCCGCACAGCAAUCCCAUCAUCAACGACUAUCGCCGACUUGUACUAAAUCAUCGCAACUUAUGUGCCAGUGUAGGUCCAGCUUCCCCGGCUCAAGUUCUUGCAGGCGUGCCUGAAAAGUCAUACGUUUUCCACACUGCGUGGCGGGCAGCUCUCAUGCCGCCAGGUGAGCUGGCUACCCCCGCGCCGCAAGACUUGGCGGGAAUGCGCGAUGUUCUCGGCGCCUUAAAACAGCACCGUGCCGCAGGACGCUCAUGCUACCAGGAUCUGCAAGGCAGCCAAAAGCAUGCCACUUUAGGCGUUCCACUCGGUGCGCCGCAUUUCUAUUGGACGGGCUGCCUAGAAGUAUCGACCAAGCAAUAA